CUCAGGUAGGCGGAACUGUGGUAGACGGCUGUAUAUUUUGAUUUAUUCAUUCAUUGUUAAUUGUUUAGUGUUUACGUUGUAAUUAUUUAUUUCAGUAUUAUGAGUAUUUAGAAAUUAAGCAAAUUUUGUAUUAAGCGUUAAACGGCAAGACUAAUCAUACAUCAAUUUUAGUAAUUUGUGGGAGAUAUCAUCCCUUUUAACUCGGACACUCGUCUUUUUGUUGACUGAUCUUAACGUCAAUAAUGAAUCAUUAACUUUGUUUUCCAUAUUAUACACCUUCCAAACCACAAGACAUACCAAUUCAUACCAAUUAUAUCAACAAACAAAAACCGCACUUUUUUCUUCAAAAACAAUGGAACGAUUAUCAUUAGCUAUGAAAUAUGAUGAACAUUUCCGACAUGUGAUGGCUUUAUUGGAUACAACUGUGGAAAGAGAUUAUAAAGCCAAAAUCAUAUCAUUGGAUAUACUCAGUGUACAACUUAAAGAUCAUGGAAAUGACAAAGAAAUAAUGAAGAAAAAACUACAAGAAAUGCGUAUUGAGUGCGAACGUCUUAUGCAUAAUCUUAAAAGUUCUAAUCGAUUAUUAGAUGAAGCUAAUAAAGAAAAGAGACAUGCAGAAGUUGAACGAGAUAAUAUGGCCCAGAAACUUGAAAAUUUCUAUAGACUUUUUAAUAGUGCUAAUAAUUCCAACCUAAAUCGAUCUGGUUCUCCAGUAUUUCAAUGUGAAGCAGAAAGGUUUGAUCAAAUACCACGUCAAGAUACAACUGAAUCAGUAUUAUCAGACAUAAGUUACUCGAGAGUAGAAGAUAGUUUGGAUUCCGAUAAGAAUUUUGAAGAUGCUAUGGAUCGCUGGGAACCUGAAGUAUUUGGUACUGUAAAAAGAAAACGAACAUCAGGUGUUACAAACCCCAAUGAAAUGAGGAAGGAAAUUGAAACAAAUACUACAACUGCUACUCAAAUUGUUGCUACUACUACUGUUACAAUGCAGCCAUUUACAAGAAACAUCAGUGCAAAAUCUAUUAUUGAAGCCAAACCAUCUAAUCUUUUUCCAACACCCAGUGCACCACCUAUAUCUGACUCUUUGGACUCGUUUGACUCUGAUCCAUAUGGUAAUGAAAAUAAUCAAAAUAUACCCAACACAAUACAUUCAAGUUCAGCACUUAAUAAAUUAAACAAUAGAGCUCACAAUUUUACUCAAAAAAGUGUCAUCAUUCCAGAAAUAUGUGGCCCAUGUGGAAAAAAAGUUAAAUUCAAUCGUGUUGUGGUGAAAUGCUUAGACUGCAAAGCAACAGCGCAUUUGGAACACAAAGAUAAAAUUCCUUUACCGUGUAUUCCUGUAAAGAGUACACCAAGCAAAAAUGGCGGACGAAUAGCUGAUUAUUCACCAAUGGUUAAUGGCCGCCCAAUGAUACCUGCAUUAGUCAUCCACUGUGUGAACGAAAUUGAACAAAGAGGAUUUGAUACUGUUGGAUUGUACAGAAUACCUGGUUCAGAGAAAGAUGUAAAAGCACUGAAGGAAAAAUUCCGUAAAGGAGUACCUAAUUUGUCCGAUGUUGACAUACAUGUUGUGUGUGGUUGCUUAAAAGAUUUCUUGAGAACUCUUGAUGAUCCAUUAAUUCCCCACUAUGAUUGGAAAACUUUUACGGAUGCUGUCAGAAAUUCAAAAGAUGAAACUGAACACAGAUUAUACCAAGCCAUAUCAUUAUUACCACCGCCCAAUCGUAACACACUCGCAUAUAUAAUGUUGCAUUUACAAAAAGUUGCUGCAACACCUGAUUGCAAAAUGCCUGUUGGAAAUUUAGCUCGAGUAUUUGGUCCAACAAUUGUUGGUUAUUCAAGUGAAGUUUCUGAAAAUCUGUAUUUUGAUUGUGAAUUGAGUAAUAAAGUUGUUGAAGAAAUGCUGAAAUUGUCACCUGACUAUUGGUCAAACUUUUUAAACAAUUUAGUACCUUUGCGUGCACAAAAUACACCCCUGAAACGCACUUCUUCUCGUCCAUUACAACCUACUCAUACUCCAAUUACCAAAAACAAUAGAAUUUUUGGUUCUAGCACAAAAAGGCGGUAUUUAGAAUCUCCACGAUCAGUCAAAGCUGCUAGGAUCAAACAACUUGAAUCGAAAAAAAAAUAAUUCUACAGUAACCUUUGAAAAUUUUUUUGAUUUUCAGUUUCUGUUGAAUCUAAAUUAAGUGUAAUACAAAUACUAAAUUAAGUUAUCACAGUACUUAUGUUUACUAAUACAUUUAUUUAUAUUUUUUUUAAAUUACAUUAACAAAUCGAUAAUUAUAAUGUGAUUUUUCAAAUAAAACUAAAAACGCUGAUGAAUGUUUAUCAGGUUUUUUUUUUUUUGUCUCAUAUUUAGGAUUUUUUUUUCAAAAUGUACUAACAAACACAUUUUACAUUACUGUUGUAUAAUUUUCGAUCAUCAUUGUUUUUAAUUUUUUUUGUAAUCUGUGAUUUUCUUUUUUACUUUAAUUUUAUUUUUAUGUACCUACGAACAAAAUAUAUUUUAUUGCUUAUAACUUAUAUUACAAACCCCAAAAAAAUAUUAUAUAUUAAGUCUACUAUAAGUAAUAAACAAUGUAUACGUAUGUUUAAAUUAACUUUAAUUUUUAGUUAUUUUUAUAUAUAUACCAACAAAAUAAAUAAACAUACAAUAUUAAAUAAAA